GUUUUCUACAGCUGUGAGCAAGGAGAUGCAUGUCAGUGCCGUAUGAAUUCUCAGACCGGAUAUAGUCAUCCAAAAGGCGCAUUUCCGCUACGGUUGACUUGGCGUGCCCCUACAUUAAGCCAACAAACUCACCUCCGCAUCCACUCCUUUCUAGCCGCCCUUCCUUCGUCUAUUCAUUAUUCAACACCGACCAACAUUUAACCUCUCAUAGAGUACCCUAGGUAGUAAACCAACUGUUACCAAGCUCCAGGCCUCCAAGAUGGAUGCGCACGAGUUUAAGGAGGCGGCCACCGCCACCAUCGAUGAUAUAAUCGCCUACUUCGAGACCCUCCCGGCCCGCGACGUGGUCUCGCGCGUCGAGCCAGGCUAUCUGCGCAAGCUGCUGCCCUCCUCGGCCCCGCAGGAAGGCGAAGCCUGGCCCGCCAUCCAGCGCGACGUCGAAGCCAAGAUCAUGCCCGGGAUAACGCACUGGUCCCACCCGGGCUUCCACGCCUUCUUCCCCUGCGCCACCUCGUAUCCCUCCAUCCUAGGCGAGCUCUACUCGGCCGCCCUCUCAGGCGCCUGCUUCAACUGGAUCUGCUCCCCCGCCGUGACCGAGCUCGAGACCGUCGUGCUCGACUGGCUGGCCCAGAUGCUCGGCCUGCCGCCUUGCUUUUUGUCGACGGGGCCGACCGCGGGCGGCGGCGUCAUCCAGGGCUCGGCCAGCGAGGCCGUCCUGACGGCCAUGGUCGCCGCGAGGGACAAGUACCUCCGCGAGACAGUCCCUGCUCACUUGGAGGGGGACGCUCGCGAGGAUGCCGUCAUGGUGAAGCGGUCUAAGAUGGUGGCCCUGGCGACGACGCUGACACAUUCGAGCGCGAAGAAAGCGGCGCUGAUUCUGGGGUGUCGGUUCCGGGCGAUCAAGGUCAGGGAAGAGGACGGGUACGCGCUGACCAAGGUGGGGUUGACAGCCGCGCUGGACGAGUGCCGGGCGCAGGGGCUCGAGCCGUUUUUCCUGGCUGUAACGCUGGGCACGACGGAUGUGUGCAGCGUGGACGAUUUCGCCGGAGUUGCCGAGGCGUUGGACGAGCAUGCCCCGGCCGGCCAGCCCGGGGAGGUGUGGGUGCAUGUGGACGCGGCCUAUGCCGGCGCUGCGCUGGUGUGUCCCGAGGUACAGGAGUCGACCCGCAUCGAGCUGAUCAGCCGGUUCCAUAGCUUCGAUAUGAACAUGCACAAGUGGCUGCUGGUCAACUUUGAUGCCAGCUGCUUCUUUGUCAGGGACCGGGAGUGGCUGGUGCAGGCGCUGAGCGUGAACCAAGCCGUGUACGGCAACAAGGCAUCGGACGGGGGCCUGGUCACGGAUUACAGGGAGUGGCAGAUCCCACUGGGAAGGCGGUUCAGAAGCCUGAAGAUCUGGUUCGUGCUGCGGUCGUACGGCGUCAAGGGGCUGCAAGAGUACAUCCGACGGACCAUAAAGAUGGGCGAGGAAUUUGCCGAGGCUUUGAGGGUCAGGUCUGAUCUCUUUGAGAUUGUGACUGGCCCAAGCUUUGCCCUGACUGUUUUCCGUCUGGCGGCCAAGUCGGAGAGUGCGUCGUUGGAGGAGAGGAACGCGCUAACGAGAAAUCUCUACGAGAAGGUCAACGCUACGGGGAAGAUCUGGUUGACGAGCACGGAGCUGGAUGGUCGGUUCGCGAUCCGUCUCAUGACGGGUGUGAGGACCACCGAGGGGGAACAUAUCCAGACGGCCGUCAAGACGCUGGUAGAGGUCGCCGAGGAGGUGAUGAGGGGGUAAUGUGUUAAAAAGGGCGUACAUAUAGAUUUGAUAGACCCCAUAUACCCAGCUCUGAAUGU